AGGACAACACGGACAGACUCAACAGAGCUCUGCGCUUUGAGAAUGUGACACAUUCAAACUGUGGGUUUACACAACACCACGUCGCAUAUAUUUGGGUUAAGUAUACCGAAAUGCUUGGUCUUAUUCCCAAGACUGCAUUUUGAGAUUCAUUUGACCGGGAAAUUCAUUCAGGUAGAUCAGAAAUGUCUCUGCAGCAAAGAGUGGUUCAACUGUCAUCCGAGUCGCUCGCUGUAGUUCUGAGCCGGGACGAGGACACCAAACACAGCGCGACCAGCGCCAGCGGCCAGGACGUGUUUGCGGAUUUUAAAGCGCAGAAUUCGCGUAGCUUCUGGAAUCAGAGACUCGUGAAAGCGGUGGUUGAAGUGUAUUUCCGGGGAUGGCUGGAGAACUACGUGCUUGUCGUCCAGGGUAAUGCCAAUAACUUGGAAGUGCUCAGGGAAGCUUGGAUGCGCAGGGCUCUGAGGUCACCGAAAGGAUACAUCAUCAAAGCAGUGGGUGAUCUGUCUCCUGUGCAGAUGUCACCAAUUUCCCAGUCACAGUUCAUCCCACUGUCUGAAAUAUUGUGCUCUGUUAUAUCGGACAUGAAUGCUACCCAUGUGGUUGUAAACCAGGAAGCAUUGAUCAACCACAUGAUGAAAGCACACCCAGGAAUGACCAUUCCCACACAAGAUAUCCUGUAUAAUGCACUGGGAACUCUAAUUAAGGAGAGGAAGAUCUAUCACACUGGCGAGGGCUACUUUGUUGUCACUCCUCAAACAUACUUCAUCACCAACAAUAUGGUGAAAGAGAGGAAUUGGUGGAUUACCGGUGACAAUGGCCUGCCAUCACCACCUCCCAUCACAUACCUGGUGAGCAAUGAGAGUUGCAUGGAGACCUCAACUGAGGUGCCUGUCAUGGCCCACUGUAGAUCCUGCAGCUGCUUCACCCCUCAAUCCAAUGUACCGCCAUCUAUCCAGGACCAUCAAUCUAUCAGCAUAAGUGAGUGCACUGGUAAAAGCCUCAAGUGGCUGAAAGAACACAAGUCCUCUGUUCAGCACCAGUCAACCUCUACAGCAGCAGACCAGGCCAGUGAGAUCAGCAAAUCCACCACCACCAGCCGAAAGGACAAGGAGAAAGCUGGCCGCAAAUUUGGACUUAACCUAUUUCGACGAAACACAGGGAAGAAGGAGAACAAGCUUAAAAAGGAAUAUGCAACAUUCUCUGGCCAAUUCCCACCUGAGGAAUGGCCUGUCAGGGAUGAGGAUGACUUGAAUAACCUCCCCAGGGAUCUAGAACAUGCCAUCAUCAAACGGAUCAACCCAGAGCUGACCGUGGGCAAUCUAGUAAAACACACAGUUCUAAUGAUGAAGCUUGAGGAGAAAGCUGAGAGAGGCACAGAGAAAGCUGUGGACAGGGGGAUUUCCACAGAAGCCCUUGUAUCUAAGCAGAGGUACCACACCUCAAAGGUUGGGGGUAAGAAAUCUGUCCCUAGAGCUACUCGCAGCAAGAGAAGAGGCCAUUCAUCCAAAGAGAAACAUAGAGCAAAGAGAAAGACUCUACCUUGUGCUGAAGAUGUAGAGGCAGGUGAUCACAUUAUGUCAUGCCUACGACCAGAGACUGGUUUGGAUGAACCUGACAACCAAGAAGAAGGUAUCAUUUUGAAUCCAAAAUGUGUCUACAAGAAACGAAUAGAGAACCCAUUUAUAGGUUUGCCAGGAAGAGACAUGGAACCAAACAUUGUUCAUAAAGAACAAAGAAGGAGAGAAGCCAAGAAUCCAAUCACCAGACAUCGUGAAAAAACAGGUCACAGGUCAAAGUCCUGGGAUCCUCACCAGGCCAAAGCAAUCACUCACUGUGUGGAAGAAUCUCACACGUUGAUGGACACACCCUGCAUACAGCUCCAUGAAAGAGCACUUACUGUGGACUCCACCCUGGAUGCUAAACCAGUUAAAGAGCUUUGUGGAGAUUACGGCUCUGUCUACCCUGAGAGUAGCACAUUGAGGAUAGAGGACAAAAUUAAGCUAAGAGAGAAUAAAUUCAGAAGCAGAGAGUUUAGAAAUGGCAGAGGAAGGGAAAGUAAACAUAAUGCUUUUCAGGAUGGUGAUUUGAGAAAUGUUUCUGACCAAAAGAACAAUUUGGAUCAUCCCACACCUUCAUGUGAUGUAACAGAAGUACCCCUCUCAUGGCCCAAACCUACAAUUCAGCGUAGACUUUCACUCCAUCUAUUUAACAGUAAGGAAGAGUCUCAUCACAGUCCUGAUCUGUUGUCCUCACACCAGCAAGAUAGCAACAUGAAAAUUAGCCAGCAACUAUCAGAUGAUCAGACCUUACACAGAAACACAAGCCAGACUGAAAGUGAUGUGUACACUGAUGAUGAACAUGGCAUUUAUCAGAAGCUAGAGGAGGAUGAGGACAGCUGCAGCUCCCUCUGCCUGAAUGAAGAGUGUGUGCUUGACUGUAAGCUAUCACAAACUGGUACAGCUCACUGCCGUGAGCCUGUCUGUCUUGAUGGAGACUGGGAUGGCAAUUUCAUCAAGGAACAUGGAUUCACUGCUCAUUACGAAAUCACCAGAGCCACACGAAGAGAGCAUGAAUAUAGGUUGCAGUCUUCUUAUCAGCGGUCUUUGCCCCUCCUUCAGAAAGUUGCCAGUCCUGGACAAGAAGCCCAGGGUCUGGGGGAAAGACUAUAUAAAAACAGUCUUGUAAAUGCUGAACCCAAUGAAGCCCUGGAAAGCAGCAUUUUUGUCUACUCCCAGACAAGUGAAGUGGACUCAGAUGCUGAGACCAUACAGAAGUCUGCAGAUGAAGCUGAUGGCAAAUCAAGUCACUGGCUAUGUCGCCCUGAAUUAAAUGACUGCCACCAGAACACAUUAGAGACAUCAGAAGAUGUUGGCAACAUCCACAAUGCAAGUUUAAAUGGCCCUGCAGGGGCCUGCGCAGGAGAAACUGCAGAAAGUCAAAGUAACACAGCAGAUAGUGGAAUUGACUCUCCAAGGACACACAUCAGUUUAAUCUCCAGUAAUUCAGCCAUAAUUAAAGGACUAAAGCAUCGUGCUUUCCUGCAGAACCUUGAAAAGCUCCACUCCAAGAGUAACGGCAUUCGUCCUCAGAAUUCUCUGCUCAAACUUACACCUGUCAUGAAUGUUUAAACAAAUUAAAAAUAUCUCUGCAUCUGGGCACCGUUCGAUGAUGUAAAUAAUUUAUAUAACUCCCUCCAACAAAUGUAAAUAUAUUUCCUCAAAUAUACUAAAAAUGUAUUUAGGUAUUAUAUAUUCUUGCUACAUUACAGUUUUAUAUUUUAACCAAUAAUAUUUUUACUGUCUUUUUCUGUACAUUGAUCCUUGACUGUUUAGAGAUAAAAUCUGAACAUUAUCAUUUACAUUGUAGAUGCAUGUACAAAUGAUAUG